UCCAGAAGGGCUCCCCCGCCCCCCUCUGUUGCCAUGUCGCUCCCACCUGUCCCCAGGGUCCGGUGCCCAGGGGAACCCUCGCCAAACAGACCGCUCCCUUCGCAGUCUUCCUCUCGCCCAAGCCCAAGCCCCCACUCCGGGAUAGAGGCAGGGGGAUGACCCUCACUCGGGAAGACCCUCCAGGACAGCCCCCCUCCUUCACGACUAUGGCCCUCUGGGGUCCCCACCCCUAUUCGCUGGGCCAACUUCCUCAGCCCCUGCCUCUGCCCACUCCCUAGGCCUUCCCUCCCGCCCCCACUUCAUCGCCUCUCCCUUGUCUCUGUUUCCAAGGUUGUUCUCUUCCAGCCUUUUUUCUGACUUUCUUUUCCCCUUGACCCCUUCCGCCCCCGGAUCCCCGCCCUCCACACCCCGGGGCGAAGGGGGUGUGUCACGCUCCUUUCUAUUUACAGUGUCCCAGGGGAGGGGGUGCGUGCUAGGAUUUUUUUUUUUUUUUUAAUCUGCUGGGCCCAGAGUCACGAGGUGUCAUGUCUGUGAUUCAGUGUCGAAGCCUCCUCCCGCUUCCCGGCCUGUCCCCUGCGGCCGCAUCUCCUGUCUGCUUUUGUCUGCUCUCUGCCUCCAUUCCCGUUCUUUUCGCUCUCAUCUUUGGGCGCUUUGUGCAGCCGCCUUCUUUGUCUCCGCCUCCCCGGCGACUGGGCUCUCCCUUCCCUCCCUCUGCUCCCUCCCCCAGUGUCAAGAAGCCAUCGGCCUCAAGGGCAUCGAUAUUUCAGGGUCAUGAAGCUGGAAGCCAGCUGUGGCACAGCCACCUCAGAGGUCACUAAGCCAGAAAAGGAGGCUGCCCGAGAUGCAGAGCCAAGCUCUGAAACCCGGCCACAGGAGGUGGAGGCCGAGCCCAGGUCCGGAUCGGGGCCUGAGGCUGAGGCUGAGCCCCGGGGGGCCGAGUCAGGGCCUGAGGCCAAGGCCGAGUUGUCGGGGGCUGAGCCUGGGUCCAGAUCGGGGCCUGAGGCUGAGGCCGAGCCACUGGACUUCGUGGUAGCCACGGAACGGGAGUUUGAGGAAGUGCUGGCCAUCUCGGGGGGCAUCUACGGCGGCCUGGACUACCUUCCCAGCCGCUACCACAGCUGGCUCCGGGACCCCGACCGCACGGUGGUGCUGGCCAAGCGCAACGGAGGCGUGAUCGCGCUGGAGUCGGUGAACGUGAUCGACGCCGGGGAGACGGCGCUGGUGGAGGGCCUGCGCGUGGCGCCCUGGGAGCGCGGGAAGGGCGUGGCCGGGCUGCUGCAGCGCUUCUGCUCGCAGCUGGUCAAGCGACAGCACCCGGGGGUCAAGGUGGCACGGCUCACCCGGGACGACCAGCUGGGCCCCCGGGAGCUGAAGAAAUACCGCCUAAUCACCAAGCAGGGCAUCCUUUUGGUCCGAUUCAACGCGUCCGCGCUGCUGGCCGGGCUGGGCGCGCGGCUGGCGGCUCUGCGGACCUCCGGCACCUUCUCACCGCUGCCCACUGAGGCUGUGUCCGAGGCAGGCGGCGACGUGGCACGCCUCCUGCUGUCGCCCUCCGUGCAGCGUGAAGUGCUUCCGGGCGGGACCAUCAUCCAGGACUGGCAGCCCUACCGGCCUAGCGAGAGCAACCUGCGCCUGCUGGCGGCCAAGGGCCUGGAGUGGCGCGUGGACAGCCGCGCGCGCCCGCGCGUGCUCACACUGUGCACGCGCCCCUUCCCCAUCCCGCACGGAGGGGACGGCACUUGGCGCUAUCUCAACAUCGACGCCUUUGGCAGCGACGGCGCGCAGGUGCAGAGUCAGCUGCUGUGGCACCUGCAGCGCCAGGCCCCGCGCCUCGCCGGCCUCAACGUCAUGUGCCAGCUCUUCCUGGAGCCCCAGCUGUGGUCGCAGCUGGCUGACUUCUGCCAGGCCGGGCUGGGGCUGGAGCUGGUGAAAGGUUAUACUGAACAGUACCUGCUGGAGGCCGACAUCUGAGGCCUCUUCUCUGGCGGGGAAUGGGAAAAAGAAGUACUUUGGACCCGCCCCCUUCCACAGUUUCCCCCACCAGCCUCUCUCCUGCCAUUUCCGACGCUGCAUCCCCUGGGAAGUCCCCUCUGAGUCCUGCCCUCCUGCCGUUACCGGCGCAGGUCCCCCCACUCUGUCCCUUUUCCCCUUACUAUCUUGCCUCUAGCUCCCCCAAACACCAUUGCCCAUUCCCUGACCUGAACUUGCCGACUAUUGGGUGUGGGGUGGAGGUGGGGGCCUUGAGUUGCUAUUAUCCACCCUUUUCUCAAAGAACUGGUCCCUGCACAGGCUUCAGAGUCCUUCCUUCCUUCUCCAUCACCUCAGCCCGGGCGUGAACUCCCCCUUUCCUGGCUUCUCCCUUCUGCCCCCUCCUGGGUGGAAGCGCUCAGGAUUGUGUGGGAUGCCAAUUCACAUUUCUUUUCUUCCUCCUGCCCUUUCUAAAGCCCUAAAAACUGGCCCUGCACUGCCCUCUCCACCUCAAGCCCCUCCCCCCGCUCAAGUGCCAGAGAUUUGCUCUGGUGCCAGAGAUCAGUGCCCUCUCCCCAAUUCUCUCUAGCCUCCCAUCCUCAUCCUCUCUGGAUCUCUACGAUGCUUAACAUCACAGUGCCCAUUUUUCUGUCCCUGUUUCUCUUCCUAUCACCAGCCCAGUGUGCAAUCGAGAGAGAGAGAGAGAGAGAGAGAGAGAGAGAGAGAGAGAGAGAGAGAGAGAGAGAGAGAGAGAGAGAGAGAGCC